AUGAAUGCAAGUAAUCAUCAUCAUCAUCGCCAUCAUCCCCGAAGCGCCAUGAAUGUCGACGAAUCAACUGGUGAGGAGUCUUUCAUUCCCAGUGCAGGAGCGACCGCAGCAAGCACCGCAGCCCCUUUGUCCGCCAAUGAUAUGCAGUUUUCGAGUUUUAUGAGGAACUCGGUUCAGGAGGCCUACUUUCUGGUGGCCAUCGACAAGAUUGGUCCACACACCGCGCAGCGCUGUAUGAAAACAGUAUUCUGGAGCCGCGUUGUCGACUGGCUCAAUUCUAUUGACGAGCAGUGGCGGAAGGAGGACCGACAGCCGCUUUUCAGCGACCUGUCGCCAUCCGCAUGCAUCGAACGAUGGAGAACCCUUUCCGCUGAGGGCGCGCAGUACAUGACAUUUGGAGAUACACGGAUCGUAGAAGGAAGGGACCAAAAACCAACCCCACAUCAGGAUAAAUGGCGUUGGGACAUGAUUACGCGUUUGCAUCGGGAGGAGCUGAAGGCUCGGGAGCUUGAUAACACACGACUGAGUCCUACGCCCCAACUGUCAACGCAAGCAGAGGCGCCUCAAACGUCGUCCUCGGAUACCCGACAGACGCAGGAAUGGGACGCAUCUCGGGAACCGCAGGCCACGUCGAGGAGCGACGAUGAACAGCACCAGAUACCGAACAAUUCUUCUCACCUUGAACAGUUUCAUGGAACUUCGACACAGCAGCAGCAAAAACAGCAACGAGAACACGACAAUCUUUUGACAUUACAGCAGUCGAAAGCCUGCAAGGAAAUUUUGCAACAUCCCCUACAGCCAGCCAUAGCUCAUUCUCGAGCAACACCACAUGGUCCUAUGCACCCUCUAUCGCAGUCUGGAGGACCAUAUCAACCAUCCCAGCCUGCGGGGUCAUGUCCUCAGUCAUCGCAGGUCUCAAGUUCAUAUUCUCAAGCAUCACAGUCUUCAAGUUCAUACUCUCAAGAGUCGCAACCAGAGGCACUGCAUCCCAUGGACCUACCGCCUGGGCAGCGUUCAAGACUCAACACCGUCAUGUUCCAGCCACCAUCACCUGCAGGAUUGGAUGCUAUCCGUCCCGUAUCCCAAAGACUGGAGCCGAUGGGAAAAAAAGACAUCCAACGAGUCACCAGACGCGUCAGUACCGCACCUCAACCACAGGAACCAUCGGCAUUUGCCGAGAUUGUUCCGCAACUGUCGCAAACCCCACAACCAUCGCAACCCCCACAACUAUCGCAACCCCCACAACCACCGCAACCAUCGCAACCAACGCAACCAACGCAACCAACACGAUCGAACGGCAUUACUCUCCAAGUGGCGGAAAGAAUCGAAGAGUCAGGGCCAGGACCAGGACCAGAAGCACAAUCGAAACCAGAGCCACAGUUAGCAGAACCAGGGCAGGAGGCGUUCAGAGAUGUAUCUGUAUUACCGCCAUCGCCCUCAAAGAGAUCAAGCGACGUUAUCCCUUCAUUACACCAAGAGGCCGACGAAACAAAACCCCAGCUUGUGAUAAUCGAACUCUCUCCAUUGCCCCAGAUCUCGAGCACCACUAUCCCGCAAAUUCGACACAGCGUCGAGAACCCAGUCGAAUCAGGGCUCUCCGAUACUGAAAGUUAUGAGAACAGGCCAUAUAAAAACCCAGAUGCAGGUACCGACGCGGACGCAGAAGCAAAUGGAACCCCAGACUCAGAUACGGAUGCAGAAGCACAUAGAGCCGCAAACACAAAUCCGGAGGAAGAGGCACAUGGAGACUCAGAUUGGGAUUCAGGCACAGGCAUCGACUCUGACACACGCGCAGACAGAACCAGACACGCAGAUACAGGUGAACGUCCAGAGGAACGAAGAUCCACAUACAUGGAAUUCGCAGCAAGCGCUCCAAAAACUACAAGAGAUCCUAUCCGAGCAAUUGAAGCUCCAGCAGCAACAGGCAGCACUGCUACUUGA